AUGUCCGGGCCGACGACGUCCCAGGAUCCGCUGACUGCUUUGCUGGCCACUGAUCCAGACUUGGGCCGGCAGCUGGAAAGCCGAGUACUGCGGUUCUCAGCCAGUCGCAAACUUCAAGACACCCAGGCUGCCCAGGUCGACCGAAGCUUCGAGGCCUCUGCUAAGCCGGAAGUUGUCUGGAGCGAGGAGGAGAGGACCGUCUAUGUGGGAAAGCUACUGCGGAUGCAGCAUCCGGGACAGCCUGGCGCGGAAAAGGCAGUGGCGCAAUUCCUGAAGGAUUUGCUCGGCGAGGUCUCCCUUCCCGAGCCUUGGGUUAUGCUGCGCAGCUCUCGCGGCCGCCUCUUCUUUUGCAACAUGGCCACGAGGCAAACCACGUGGGACCAUCCCCUUGAGGGCUCUCUGCUCGAGGCGGCUACGAUCUGCAAACAAGUUCUGCAGCUUGACGAACCCUGGCGGGCGAACCUCACGGCACAUCUCCUGGAAGUAGUAGCGGAGGAUGAGGAAGACUUCCUGGGCAAAUGGGAUUCAGUUCCUGCUGGUGAUGGUCUCGAGCAAUUCAGACACACUGAAACUGGCUUGUUUUCCUGGACACCUCCCCGGGAGAUAGCUGCAGGGCUUUUCCAGUGCAAGCGUGCAGCACUUGCCAAACUUUGCGACGACAGGUACGUCAGGCAACUGCAGCUCCAGGACCCCGCGCCUGCCGUGCAGCUGGAAGCUCGAAAAAAGAAUAUUUCUGCAGCUAUCCGGAUGCUCAUGGAGGCAGUCGAUGACACAUCGCAGGGGAGUCGCACGCCCUCUAGACCUGCCUCAGAGAUUUUGCCGCGCCAUGUGCUGUCGGGCACCAACAGUGCUUUGCUUGCCCAGUCGGACAAGGCUGGCAGAGCACUGUCGGCGACAAGCGGCGAGACUCCUUUGGAUUCCAGGGCAGACACGCCGUCGGCUCACAGCCGAACUUGGGAAGCCCCGUUGCCAGAAGGUGACGGCAACCUGGAGGCUGAAGAGCCAAACCACGUAGAUCACAAGCCGACAGAGGAACAGCAAGAGCAGCAACUGCCGCAAGACCAUCAGGAGGCAGCACAGCAGGACCUUCGUUAUGAUCAAUCUGCGAAGUUUGUGAUUCGUGACGAUGAUGACACGUGUGAGCCGCACGCCAGGGGCAUCGUCGAAGCUGAAGUCUUGCCAAACCCAGCAGAGGCCGUGACACAACCCCCGACCAAGAUCGACGAGUCAAAGCAGCAGGCGGCCACUCCCCAAGUCCCCAGGGAGCUGCAGGAGUUGGAGACUGCGGUCCUCGCAUUCGCGCAGGCCCUUGAUGAGGACAUGCAGGUUGGUGACGACGACAAGCCUCAUCGUGCGAACCAAACGCACUGCCGGCAAGCCGACGACGGUGAUCAGGAUUGGUCUGCGCCUUCACGACCUGCACCACCCACCACGACAGAGGAGAACCUGGGUAGGGACUUGCCGGACGGGCAUGAGGAGCAGUGCGCUGCAGUGCUGCCUGGCGGAGGUACUGGGACCUCAGAGGACUGUGUCACCAGACCAGAGCCCGGCUGUGAGGCAGGCAGUCCGUCGGCUGAGCCACGUGCCGGGGAGGAAGACCUGGCCCUGGCGGCACUGGCACUUCUGCAACUCAUGACCCCUCGGAUCAAAGAGGAGACCCUCACCGAAGGAAGGCUCUGUGAAGCAGCUCAAGUUACACAGACCACAUCUUCAACUGAUGCCUGUGCUUCUUUCGCUGGCUGCAAGACAGCACCUGCCCAGGACCAGGCCAGCUUGGAGGAGGCAGAGAGCAAGGAGGCUGCCGUCAGCCGCCAGGACGAGGCGAUUGAUUUCAUCGCAUCGCAUCUAUCCCGACUGGAAUCCACGCCGGGUAUGCUGGCGAGAGAGAAGCUGUCAAGGUUUCUCCAGCUGCUGGGCAUGAAUGCUGCUGAUAUCGACGAGGCAUUGGAUGCAGCUCAGGUAGCGGAUGCCGACGGGUUCAUUGACUACCGGGCCUUCCUGAAGUGGCUCCUGGAGCCCGAGCCGGUCUGA